AUGCUCGCAGCUUCGGUGCCGUCUCGCCUGCCAGCCGGCACUGGUGGCGGCGGCGGCGGCGUUAACGCGCAGGCCAUAGCUCCAUCGCAAGUCUUGACGGAGUUUGAGCGGCAGUGGGGCACAACGUUUGAUGGAUGGGGGCACCAUGAUGAUGAUUGUGCAGAGGCGCAUGGCCUCACAUGCGAUGUCGACGGCAUGAUCACUUCCAUGAGAGUGGCGUCCCAAGGUCACCCUCUGGGCUCUAUACCAGUGACUAUUGGCAACCUAACACAACUCACACACCUAUCUAUCACCUACUGUGAGCUGGCAGGCUCCAUCCCCCCAAUUCUUGGCUCUCUAACACUCCUUGAUGCACUGUACGACUAA